GUGCAGAACAGGUAUUACAGUAAUGGCAACAUUGUAAGUAUCCAAAAUGUAAACCUGCUUUGUACCAUAACUUUUGCUCAUGCAUGUUCUUCUUCUUCAACAAAGUAAUGAAACAGUGAUAAUUAUUGAUGUUUAAUAAAACAAGGGACAUGGAAAUUCAAUGGUUUAAUGUAAUUAUCUUGGUUGGUACGAGAUUUAACUGUCUGUGCUAUUGUCGAUGGGUGUUUGUAAACACUGAGAUAAGCUCAUGUACCCUUAAUUCAAUAUUUUUAGCCUUCAGUUACCAAGAUGUUUAUAAAUGGACAGUUUGUGGAGUCAUCGACAGACAAAUGGCAUGAUGUUCACAAUCCAGUAUGUACUAUUCUUGGAAAUCUAAGCUAAGUGCACUAGUACAUUUGAUUGAUCUUAUUACAAAAUACCUAUCAAUAAUUCUAUGAGUCAAUAUGAGUCACUCUCUUGGAAUAUGGUAAAUUGGUUUCAUUGAUGAUAAUAAAAUUCACGGAAGGUUGUCAAAGAUCAAAACAUUUCUUUCUCUGUUUGUGCUUUCUUAUAUAAACCUUGUUAUAAGGCUGAAUUUUGAUAUAUCAAAAGGCACCCAUUGAUUAGCUUUACUGUAAUUUAAUACAACAAAUAUUUGAGAUAACUAUUUACACUUGACAAAAUAGUUCCAACAAAAUCCAAGAAAAAGUGACACGGAAAUGUAAAUGCUAAACAACCAGUACACCAAUAGCACUAUAAGACUGGUCUGGCAUGAUUGUUUAAGUUGUUUAGUUUGUUUUUCUCUUUAACAGGCAACAAAUGAAGUCAUUUCUCGAUGUCCAGAGUCAACUUUAGCUGAGAUGGAAUCUGCUGUUGCCGCAGCUAAAGCCGCUUUCCCUGCGUGGUCUGAAAGCUCAGUUCUAUCACGCCAGCAAGUCAUGUUUAGCCUUCAGCACCUUAUCAAGAAACACAUGGUAAGAACAAAAUGUAUAUCUUAACCCAUCACCAGUCACGUUGAAAGAUACCUUUACUCUUUAAGCCCUAAGAGUGAUCAGCAUGAAAUCUCUUCUUGUAAUAUCAGUGCUUUGUUAAAACAGUGGUCAUGAGAAUUACGGACAUGAUCACACAAGAUGAACUUGCUUGAUAUUUUAUCAACUUCUCCCUACUACUUCUGAAAAAAAUAAAUAGGGGCAGGAAAUAAGAAUUCAAAUUUUGAUCUUACGGUUUAAAUGGUUAAUAGUCUAUUAAGUUGAGGUUGAUGCGUCAGUAGUCUUCCCAAACUUGCUACAUUCCUAUGGCUGGUGUAAUUGUAGUUUAUUUCAACCCUGCUUGCCAUACCUCCUUCUUCCAAAGUGUCAAUAUUAAUGUCAAAAAUUAUGGAAUGAUUUUAUGAUUACCUUGCACAAAUUUAUUGGAUACCACUGCUUAUUUUUUUGUCUUUGAUAACAGAAUGAAAUUGCUGAUCUCAUCACAGCGGAUACUGGCAAAACAACACCUGAUGCCCUUGGUGAAGUACAACGAGGAUUACGUGAGUAAAUUUGUUCACAUAGUAUAUAUAUAUGAUAACAACAUUAAAUUUGAAACUGGUUUUCACAUGGCUGUUAUUCUGUUGCCUGUUGGUACGUGUUUAGUUCAUUGCCAUCAGCUUCUUUUGACACCUGUUGUAUGGUUUACAUCGUCUCCUUUGCUCUUCUAUCUACUUUAUGCUUUUAGGCUUAUUACACCCAUAGUUUUUCAAUUUCCAUAGCAUUAUUUGUCCCUAUAUUUAACUAUUGAUUUUUACAUGUGGCCUGAUCCAUCUUACGUUAAUGUUAGCAAUAAACAUUGGCUGGACAGAGAGCUAGCCUCCAGGUUUUUCUGUUUAAUAGUUGGUAACUUAAAUGUGAAAUGUUCAGUUUCUAUUCUGCUGAGAGAAGCAAAAGAGAAUAGAACAGAAAUUCAUUUGCUACUUGUUCACAGGAGAGGAUCAAUUAAAUGAUUAAUACUAACUCCAUCUAUGAUUUCCUUUUUCCAGAGGUUGUUGAACAUGCCUGCUCGGUCACUUCACUUCAGAUGGGUGAAACAGUGUCACAGAUCACCAAGGACAUGGAUACCUACUCAUACAGAGUUCCCAUAGGAGUCUGUGCAGGAAUUACACCGUAUGUAAAUUUUUGUAAAUUGUUAAUUUUUGGUGGAUUGUUCUUGCUGAAAAAGCUUGCUAAAGGCUCCAAAGUAAGGGGAAGCAAUCAGGCGAUUGCAUCUACUCAAGUUAAUUCCACAUUUGGAUGAGAUAGGGUUUGUGUUGAAAUCCUGAUUGUUCUUGCUUUCAAUUUUUCGGUAAAGCAUCCAACUUGGUAUUGUUGUAGAAACCUGUUUUUGUAGUUAGGUGAAGAACUGGUCAGAAAAAAAGAAUACAGUUGUCAAGAUUGGUGGAAAAAACAGCAUUUUUUUUUCUCUCCAGGUUUAAUUUCCCAGCUAUGAUUCCACUGUGGGUAAGUAAAGGAUUUAAUGUAAAAGCUAAUACCCAGCCUGACAGGUUUAAGAAAUAGGUGCUUCUUGUCUUUUAAAUCAGGUUAUUAAUAUUACUAAGCAACUCGAUCCUGCGGAGCUCCUAGUUGCCUUGUGAGCUCAUUUAGUUCAAGCACUGCACUGAGGACAAGGGUUUGAAACUUAUACAAGCCAAAAUUGCUUCAGGCUUUCUUUUUGCAAUUAAAAAGGUUGCCUCUAUAGUUGUGACGAUUGGCUUUAAAUUUAAUUCCUGAUCCUGCAGUUCCAAGAUAAGUUCACAUAUUUAUUACUUAAUUUUCAUCCUUUCACGAGUUUAUAACGUAACCACUGCAUAAACAGCUUUCAGUUGGUUCGUUACCUUUGGAGCACUGCAUCAGUAUUACAAAGGUCGAAAGUGCUAAUCUUAUGCAAUUUUUUCUGUCUCUCUAAAAUGUUCUGCAAAAUUGGCAUCAUAUAAUUGAAAUCCUUUUUGCAUCUGACAAGACUUAUUAGUCCCGUUUCAUCUUUUGCCUUUAUUUGUUCACAGAUGUUUCCUAUGGCAUUAGUUUGUGGCAAUACCAUGGUGAUAAAACCCUCCCCAAGGAAUCCAUUAGCCCCCAUGUUUAUAAUGAAGCUUGCUCAAGAAGCGGGUGUCCCUGAUGGCUGUAUCAAUGUUUUCCAUGGAACUGUUGAACGUAAUAUUUCCAGUUUCUCCUCUGUUAUUUUUAUGUAGCUUUGUAAAUUAUUUCAUAAGGGGAAAUGUUUAGGAAAGCUAGUAAUAAUGAGUAAGAAUUGUUGUAGGCUUCAGGACCUUGUAAAGGUGUUUAGACCAUUUUGGAAACAGCACCGAAUUCAAUUCAAUCUCAUAUUUCAGACAGUUGAAGUUUUUGAAUGCUAGGAAUUUGAUUGUUCUCACAGAAAGCCUAAGUAACCACUGCAGAAAAAAAAGUUUUUUCCAACCCUAAUAAGGCCAUUUAUAUGAGGAAAAAUAAGACGCGAACUGGACCAUUUAUACAAGCAUGUCUUAUCUAAGUCUUCUGUACACGUAAACUUACUUUUAAAGUGUAAGUUUAUUAUACGAAGAUAGCAAUUUGAUGAGUAAUUAUAAAUUGUGAUGGUUUAAAGUUAAAAGGGUCUACUACACAAGCAGAUGUCACACAUUUGUCCAGGAGGUCUGUUAUCGCCUUCUCCUUACAUAAUAACAAAAAAUCUUUUUCCUCUGCAAUGGACCAAGUGUUUCUUUUUACCUUUAACAGGGUUUUCAUUGUAUUUGAGCGAAGAAAAAAUAAAGCAGAAUAGACAAGGAAACGAAAACACGUUGUAAUUUGUAAACAAUUUUUCCCCGCCAGUGGCCUGCCAGUUCACUGCGGGGCAAGCAAUAAUUUUUCCGCCAAAAAUUAACACAUGUGCAGUAUGUGUUCAGGUUUUAUGUAAGACGCGAAGGUCAUUUAUACGAAGUUUUUCUCGUGUUAGCUAAGACGCGUCUUAUCUAAGAACAGGUGUUAAGGGCUGUUCUAAAAUAAGACGCGUCUGAGCUAAGUUGCAUCUUAUUAUGCCAUUUAUACAGAAAGUGCGCGUCUUAUCUAAGACGCGUCUUAUUUUUCCUCGUAUAAAUGGCCCUAAUGUUGUUUGCUUCUCUCUAAAAACAUUGUGUAAGAUUUCAUUAUUGAUUAACAGGACGUUCAAUGAAAUAGUUGAUUGCUAAUGGUUUUAGGUGCUUUUGUGUUGAUCUAUUGAUUUGAUAAUAAAUUUUUUCCAAUUAUAUUAAUAGUGUUAAGGUUUGGUCGUGAAAUUGAGCUUUAGAUUCAUUAAACAUUACUUUAAAAAACAUUGGUGAAUUGUUAAUAGUAUUUUGAAUGUUUUGUAGCUGUCAGAUUCAUCUGUGAGCAUCCUGAUGUUAAAGCAAUUUCGUUUGUUGGCUCUGAUCAAGCUGUAAGUGCAAGCUUUUCCUUCAUAAAUUCUGUUGCUCUCAACUAACACUAUUAGGCAUUUUUUUUCAUAUAUUAUCUAUAAUUAUUCUUAUUUUUCCAGGGAAAAUACAUUUAUGAGACUGGCUCAAAAAAUGGAAAAAGAGUUCAAUCAAACAUGGUAAGACAGACUUGUAGUUUAAUGAUUUGUUUUGCAAUGUAACACAAAAACUGUAACAGAAAAAUUAAGCUCUUAAUGUGGACUAUGUUCUACUUACACUCUUGGUGUCACAGUCUGAGAUAAGCUUCUUUUCAAAAAUCUGGUAAAGAGUUACUACAACAGACCUGUCUGAACUGCUGCACAAUGAAGGGCAAAGGGACUGGUAAAAUAUGGGGUAUGAAAGCUAGGAAUUUGUUAAAUGGGUGUUUGUUAAAUUGAGGUUUCACUGUAUUUUUUUUCUUUCAGGGAGCAAAGAACCAUGGAGUCAUAAUGCCAGAUGCCAAUAAAGAAAAUACCAUCAAUCAGGUUUGGCUUGCAUUAUUCUUAACUAACUGCCUCGCUUAAGUAGAUGGUGGGUGCCUGGGAUACCCAGGGGCUUCCACUGUGGCCAUCCAGCCCCUAGAUAGAACACUGCCCCCAUGGCUGGCCAAUCCCCGCAACCCUGUCAUGAACCCCCAUUCCAGGCACCCGUCACACUGAUGAAACAGUGAAAGGAAGAAACAUAGGGGAUGGGAGUGGGGGGGAAGAUGCUUAAAACAACUGCUCCACAGACCACUACACAAACGCUCAAUGAAGAACUCAAUGAUCCUAGGUUGAAUGGGAUUGCCCUCUGGAUGCCCUCUAAGCUCGUGGACUGCUUGCUCACUGAGCUCAUGUUGGUUAACUUAGUUAAUUUCAUUAAACCAAAUUUAACCAGUAGUGAAAUGUGUGUUUUCUUUUUGAACCUAUCCACAUUCACUUCAUACUUUUCUCGUAAAGUGACAUAAGUGGUUGUCAUUGUAAUAUUUCAGCUCAUUGGGGCUGCUUUUGGUGCUGCUGGCCAGAGGUGUAUGGCACUCAUGCUUAUUUUUUUGUCUUUGAUAACAGAAUGAAAUUGCUGAUCUCAUCACAGCGGAUACUGGCAAAACAACACCUGAUGCCCUUGGUGAAGUACAACGAGGAUUACGUGAGUAAAUUUGUUCACAUAGUAUGAUAACAACAUUAAAUUUGAAAAUGGUUUUCACAUGGCUGUUAUUCUGUUGCCUGUUGGUAUGUGUUCAGUUCAUUGCUAUCAGCUUCUUUUGACACCUGUUGUAUGGUUUACAUUGUCUCCUUUGCUCUUCUAUCUACUUUAUGCUUUCAGGUUUAAUACACCCAUAGUUUUUCAAUUCCAUGGCAUUAUUUGUCCCUAUAUUAUUUUAACUAUUGAUUUUUACAUGCAGGCUACAUUUUUGCUGGACAGAGAGCUACCCUUCAGGUUUUUUUGUUUAAUAAUUGUUAACUUUAAUGUGAAAUGUUAAGUUUCUAUUCUUCUGAGUGAAGCAAAAGAGAAUAGAACAGAAAUUCAAAAUAAGGUACUUGUUCACAGGAGAGGAUCAAUAUUAAAAUUGAUUAAUGCUAACUCCAUCUAAUAUUUCUUUUUUCCAGAGGUUGUUGAACAUGCCUGCUCAGUCACUUCACUUCAGAUGGGUGAAACAGUGUCACAGAUCACCAAGGAUAUGGAUACCUACUCAUACAGAGUUCCCAUAGGAGUCUGUGCAGGAAUUACACCGUAUGUAAAUUUUUGUAAAUUUGUUUAUUUUUGGUGGAUUGUUCUUGCUGAAAACGCUUGUUAAAGGUUCCAAAGUAAGGGGAAGCAAUCAGGCGAUUGCAUUUACUCAAGUUAAUUCCACAUUUGGAUGAGAUAGGGUUUGUAUUGAAAUCCUGAUUGUUCUUGCUUUCAAUUUUACUGUAAAGCAUCCAACUCGGUAUUGUUAGAGAAACCUGUUUUUGUAGUCAGAUGGACAAUACUACAACAACUGGUGGGGAAAAAAAUACAUUUGUCAAGAUCAGUGAAAAAAAACAGCAUAUUUGUCUUUUUUUUUUCUCUCUCCAGGUUUAAUUUCCCAGCUAUGAUUCCAUUGUGGGUAAGUAAAGGAUUUAAUGUAAAAGCUGAUGUAUUUACUUUGAACUAAUACCCAGCCUGACAGGUUUAAGAAAUACGCACUUCUUGUCUAUUAAAUCAGAUAGUUGGUAUUGCUAAAAAACUCACUCCUGCCCAGCUCCCAAUUGCUUGUUAGCUCAAAAUUAUUAGUUUCAGAGCACUGCACUGAGGUCAAGGGUUUGAAACCUAUACAAGCCAAACUGGCUUCAGGCUUUCUUUUUGCAAUUAAAAAGGUUGCCUCUAUAGCUGUGAUGAUUGUCUUUAAAUUUAAUUCCUGAUCCUACAGUUCCAAGAUAAGUUCACAUACUCAUUACUUAAUUUUCAUCCUUUCAUGGGUUUAUAAUGUAACAACUGCAUAAACAGCUUUCAGUUGGUUUGUUACCUUUGGUGCACUGCAUCAGUAUUGCAAAGGUCAAAAGUGUAAAUCUUAUAAUACACUUUUUUCUGUCUCUCUUCUUAUAACGGCAAAAUUGGCCUCCUAUAACUAAAAUCUUUUUUGCAUCUGACAAGACUUAUUAGUCGCGUUUAAUCUUCUGCCUUUAUUUUUUUUGUUCACAGAUGUUUCCCAUGGCAUUAGUUUGUGGUAAUACCAUGGUGAUCAAACCCUCCCCAAGGAAUCCAUUAGCGCCCAUGUUUAUAAUGAAGCUUGCUCAAGAAGCGGGUGUCCCUGAUGGCUGUAUCAAUGUUUUCCAUGGAACUGUUGAACGUAAUAUUUCCACUUUCUCUUCUGUUAUUUUUAUGUAGCUUUGUAAAUUAUUUCAUAAGGGGAAAUAUUUAGGAAAGCUAGUAGUUAUGAGUAAGAAUUGUGGUAGGUUUCAGGACCUUGUAAAGGUGUUUAGACCAUUCUGGAAACAACACCAAAUUCAAUUCAAUCUCAUAUUUCAGACAGUUGAAGUUUUUGAAUGCUAGGAAUUUGAUUGUUCUCACAGAAAGCCUAAGUAACCACUGCAUAAAAAAAAAGUUUUUUUCCAACUCUAAUAGGGCCAUUUAUACGAGGAAAAAUAAGAUGUGUCUUAAAUAAGACGCGAACUGGACCAUUUAUACGAGCAUGUCUUAUCUAAGCCUUCUGUAUACUUAAACUUACUUUUAAAGUGUAAGUUUAUAAUACGAAGAUAGCAAUUUCAUUAGUAAUUACAAAUUGUGAUGGUUUAAAGUUAAAAGGGUCUACUUACACAAGCAGAUGUCACGCAUUUGUCCAGGAGGUCUGUUAUUGCCUUCUCCUUACAUAAUAACGAAAAAUCUUUUUCCUCUGCAAUGGACCAAGUGUUUCUUUUUACUUUAACGGCGUGCUCAUUGUAUUUGAGUGAAGAAAAAAUAAAGCAGAAUAGACAAGGAAAAAAAAAACGCAUUGUAAUUUGUAAUUUGUGGCAAUCGAUAAUUUUUCCGCCAAAAAUUAACCCAUGCAUACUAUGUGUUUGGGUCUUAUGUGAGAUGCGAAAGUCAUUUAUACAAAGUUUUUCUCGUCUUAGCUAAGACGUGUCUUAUCUAAGAACAGGUGUUAAGGGCUGUUCUAAAAUAAGACACGUCUUUGCUAAGUUGCAUCUUAUUUUAGACGAAAUGUGCCGUUUAUACAGAAAGUGCGCGUCUUAUCUAAGAUGCGUCUUAUUUUUCCUCGUAUAAAUGGCCCUNCCAACUCUAAUAGGGCCAUUUAUACGAGGAAAAAUAAGAUGUGUCUUAAAUAAGACGCGAACUGGACCAUUUAUACGAGCAUGUCUUAUCUAAGCCUUCUGUAUACUUAAACUUACUUUUAAAGUGUAAGUUUAUAAUACGAAGAUAGCAAUUUCAUUAGUAAUUACAAAUUGUGAUGGUUUAAAGUUAAAAGGGUCUACUUACACAAGCAGAUGUCACGCAUUUGUCCAGGAGGUCUGUUAUUGCCUUCUCCUUACAUAAUAACGAAAAAUCUUUUUCCUCUGCAAUGGACCAAGUGUUUCUUUUUACUUUAACGGCGUGCUCAUUGUAUUUGAGUGAAGAAAAAAUAAAGCAGAAUAGACAAGGAAAAAAAAAACGCAUUGUAAUUUGUAAUUUGUGGCAAUCGAUAAUUUUUCCGCCAAAAAUUAACCCAUGCAUACUAUGUGUUUGGGUCUUAUGUGAGAUGCGAAAGUCAUUUAUACAAAGUUUUUCUCGUCUUAGCUAAGACGUGUCUUAUCUAAGAACAGGUGUUAAGGGCUGUUCUAAAAUAAGACACGUCUUUGCUAAGUUGCAUCUUAUUUUAGACGAAAUGUGCCGUUUAUACAGAAAGUGCGCGUCUUAUCUAAGAUGCGUCUUAUUUUUCCUCGUAUAAAUGGCCCUAAUGUUGUUUGCUUCUCUCUGUAAAAACAUUGCAUAAGAUUUCAUUAUUGAUUAACAGGACGUUCAAUGAAAUAAUUGAUUGCUAAUGGCUUUAGGUGCUUUUGUGUUGAUCUGUUGAUUUGAUAAUAAGUUGUUUCCAAUUAUAUUAAUACUGAAUAGCGUUAAGGUUUGGUCAUGAAAAUUGGAGCUUGAAUUUGAGCUUUAGACUCAUUAAACAUUACUUUAAAAAACAAUGGUGAAUUGUUAAUAGUAUUUUGAAUGUUUUGUAGCUGUCAGAUUCAUUUGUGAGCAUCCUGAUGUUAAAGCAAUUUCAUUUGUCGGCUCUGAUCAAGCUGUAAGUAAGCUUUGCCUUCAUAAAUUCUGUUGUUCUCAACUAACACUAUUAGGCAUUUAUUUCAUGUAUUAUCUAUAAUUCUUAUGUUUCCAGGGAAAGUACAUUUAUGAGACUGGCUCAAAAAAUGGAAAAAGAGUUCAAUCAAACAUGGUAAGACAAACUUGUAGUUGAAUGAUUUGUUUUGCAUUGUAACACAAUAAAAACGGUAACAGAAAAAUGAAACUUCACAUGUUCUACUGACACUCUCGGUGACACAGUCUGAGAUGAGCUUUAUUCCAAAAAUCUGGUAAAGAGUUACUACAGCAGACCUCUCAGAACACUGCACAACGAAGGGCCAAGGGACAUGGUAAAAUAUGGGGUGUGAAACUGAGGAAUUUGUUAAAUGGUGUUCGUUAAAUUGAGGUUUCACUGUAUUUUUUUCUUUCAGGGAGCAAAGAACCAUGGUGUCAUAAUGCCAGAUGCCAACAAAGAAAAUACCAUCAAUCAGGUUUGGCUUGCAUAAUACUUUACUAACUGCCUCGCUUAAGUGGAUGGUGGGUGCCUGGGAUACCCAGGGGCUUCCACUGUGGCCAUCCAGCCCCUAGAUAGAACACUGCCCCCAUGGCUGGCAAAUCCCCGCAACUCUGUCAUGAACCCCCAUUCCAGGCACCCGUCACACUGAUGAAACAGUGAAAGGAAGAAACAUAGGGGAUGGGAGUGGGGGGGAAGAUGCUAAAACAACCACUCCACAGACCACUACACAAACGCUCAAUGAAGAACUCAAAGAUCGUAGGUUGAAUGGGAUUGCCCUAUGGAUGCCCGCUAAGCUCGUGGACUGCUUGCUCACUGAGCUCAUGUUGGUUAACUUAGUUAAUUUCAUUAAACCAAAUUUAACCAGUAGUGAAAUGCGUGUUUUCUUUUUGAACCUAUCCACAUUCACUUCAUACUUUUCUCGUAAAGUGACAUAAGUGGUUGUCAUUGUAAUAUUUCAGCUCAUUGGGGCUGCUUUUGGUGCUGCUGGCCAGAGGUGUAUGGCACUCACAAUAAUCAUUAGUUAA